AUGUACCAGAGCCUGGCGAUGGCCGCCAACCACGGCGCCCCGCCCGGGGCCUACGAGGCGGGCGGUCCGGGCGCCUUCAUGCACGGCGCGGGCGCCGCGUCCCCUCCGGUCUAUGUGCCCACGCCGCGGGUGCCGCCCACUGUGCUCGGCCUGUCCUACCUCCAGGGCGGCGGGAGCGGCGGGGGCGCGGCGGCGGGGACCCACGCGGGCGGCGGCUCGGGCGCGGUUCCGUCGGGCACCGGGCCCGGGACCCAGCAGGGCAGCCCGGGCUGGAGCCAGGCGGGCGCCGAGGGGGCCGCUUACACCCCGCCGCCGGUGUCUCCGCGCUUCUCCUUCCCGGGCACCACGGGUUCCCUGGCUGCCGCCGCUGCCGCUGCCGCCGCCGCCGCCCGGGAAGCCGCAGGCUACGGCGGGGGUGGCGCGGCGGCGGGCGCAGGCCUGGCAGGCCGCGAGCAGUACGGGCGUGCGGGCUUCGCAGGCUCCUACGCCAGCCCCUAUCCCGCCUAUGUGGCCGACGUGGGCGCAUCCUGGGCCGCCGCCUCCGCGGGCCCCUUCGACGGCCCGGUCCUGCAUAGCCUGCCCGGCCGGGCCACCCCCGCUGCGCGACACCCCAGUCUCGUAGAUAUGUUUGAUGACUUCUCAGAAGGCAGAGAGUGUGUCAACUGUGGGGCCAUGUCCACCCCGCUGUGGCGGCGGGAUGGGACGGGACAUUACCUGUGCAACGCCUGCGGCCUCUACCACAAGAUGAACGGCAUCAACAGACCCCUGAUCAAGCCCCAACGCCGGCUGUCCGCCUCCCGCCGAGUGGGCCUGUCCUGUGCCAACUGCCAGACAACCACCACCACGCUGUGGCGCCGCAACGCCGAGGGUGAGCCCGUGUGCAAUGCCUGUGGCCUCUACAUGAAACUCCACGGCGUCCCCAGGCCUCUUGCGAUGCGGAAAGAAGGGAUUCAAACCAGAAAACGGAAGCCCAAGAACCUUAAUAAAGCUAAGACACCAACAGGUCCUCCGGGCAGUGAGAGCCUCCCUCCCACCAGCAGCGCUUCCAGCACCUCCAGCAAUGCCACCAGCAACAGCAGCGAAGAGAUGCGCCCCAUCAAGACAGAGCCCGGGCUGUCAUCCCACUACGGCCACAGCAGCUCCAUGUCACAGACGUUCUCUGUCAGCACCGUGUCUGGCCACGGGCCCUCCGUCCACCCGGUGCUCUCGGCCCUGAAGCUCUCCCCUCAAGGCUACGUGUCUCCUGUCAGCCAGUCGCCACAGGCCAGCUCCAAGCAGGACUCUUGGAACAGUCUGGUCUUGGCUGACAGUCAUGGGGACAUAAUCACCGCGUAA